GCGGACGGCCGUGCGCGGUGGCAGUCGCGGCGGGAGCAAGAUGGCGGCAGGCGCGGCGUCCUGGGCCGACUCGCUGCCUGUCAACUACCUCGUCAGCGUGGCAGCGGGCGUCAACGCCGAAGUGGUGACGUACCCCAUGGACCUGGUGAAGACGCGUCUGCAACUACAAGGGGAGUCCCUGGCGACAGAAGGCACAUCUCGCGAGGCUCGCCGAGGCCUGGUGAGGACUGCUGUCGGCGUGGUGCGCGAGGAGGGACUCUGGGCGCUGUGGCGGGGGCUGUCGCCGGCCAUCUGGCGCAACACCGUGUACUGCGGGGCGCGAGUCGUCAUCUACCAGCAGCUGCGGGACAACCUCCUGAGCCCCGACCCCGCCACGGGGGCCUACCCCCUGUGGAAGUCCGCAGCCAACGGUCUGGCGGCGGGCGUGGUGGCCCAGUUCCUGGCCAACCCGGCAGACCUCGUCAAGGUCCGCAUGCAGGCGGAGGGCCGUCGUCGGCUGAGGGGGCUGCCUCCCAGGACGGAGUCUCUGCUGCGCGCACUCAGGCAGAUCCGCGCCGAGGGGGGCGUGUGGGCGCUGUGGAAGGGCUGCGUGCCCAACAUGCAGCGCGCGGGCCUGGUCACGCUCGGCGACCUCACGGCCUACGACUGCUCCAAGAGGUUCCUCCUGCACCGCCUGGCGCUCGGCGACAACUACGUCACUCACGCGCUCGCCAGCGUGCUGGCGGGACUCGCGGCGGCCGUGAUGGGCAGCCCGGCGGACGUGGUGAAGGCCCGCGUGAUGAACCAGCCGACGGACGAGCGGGGGAGGUACAUCCGCCAACCCCCCGGCGACGGAGACUCUAGCGCUCGCUGCAACAACACAGCGUCCCGGACGGCGAAGCAAGGCAGCUCAGGCCGGUGGCUCAGGCCCACACCUCAUUUCAAAUCCAGAAAAAAACAUACUACGUGUAAAAAGAUAAAAACGAGAGCUUUACAAUUCUAUUGUAUUUACCUGAAUAUAUAACGCUAUGAUAUUUACCAAAAACUGUGAAAACUAAAAGUGGGGGGUCGCAUUAUAAUCGAAAACACGCAUCUUGCCACAGGGGAACAGCUUAGUUGAAAAAAACUACAGGUUCUGUCUGUAAACUGCAUCACUCAUGCCACUUUAGCCCGGGGCUUCCUGGACCCCUGCUCGGGCUGACAGAUGAGAGAUGCAGGCUGUAGGAGGGUGUGCAAGUGUAGUUUGUCCCUGGGUUUGUUCUGCUUCUCCUCACUGAGGCUGCUGGGGACCUUUCUCUUUCACCCUCCCAGGGGAACACCAACCACAGUAUAUGACUGGUAUCCAACUUGUGAUCAGGGGCGCAACAACAGGGAGGGGGGGGAAGGGUAUUUUGACCACAACCCCCCCCCUCUGAAACAUUGAAGUGGGGGCAAACGGGGGGCAUAGAAAUUGCUGUGUAAUCAAUUUUUAGAUAAUAAAACUGCUUAAAUAGCACCAUUUUCCACCUUGAAACACAAAUUUUCCCGGGGGAGGACCCCCGGACCCCCCCGCUUCAAUAGGGGGCUUCGAUGAUUCUUUAUAAAAAGGUAUAUUGCCCCCCCCCCCCCCUUUGGAAAUUUAGUUGUUGCGCCCCUGCUUGCGAUGUAUUGAAAAUGAAACGACUGCAAACAUAUUUGGAGUAGCGGAACUAGUACGUGGUGGCAAUGCGAGGUGCUGUCGAGGAAAGGUUCCGGAAUGAGUUCUUGCCCCCGGGGUGGAAAGCAGUCUAGCAGGGGGAAGUCAGGGGGGAUGCGAGCGUGAUCGCCACGGGGCGCAGCGAGAGACCGUGCGUGUUGCAGGGGGCUGUACUACCGCAGCAGCACGGACUGCCUGCUGUGCACGGUGCGCGACGAGGGCGUGCUGGCCCUGUACAAGGGCUUCAUCCCGCUGUGGCUGCGCCUGGCGCCCUGGUCGCUCACCUUCUGGCUGUCCUACGAGCAGAUCAAGCUGUUGCUGGGCGCGCAAACCUUCUGAACCCCCCAUCAUGAUCCUGCCGCACUGUUUACAACCCUCCAAUCCCCCCCCCCCCCCCCCGCAGCGUUUACAAACCCCCCCCCCCCCCCCCGGGCCGCAAUGUUUACAACCCCCCUACAGUGUUUACAAACACCCCCCCCCCCCCCUCUUUCUCACGCAUAGCAUCGCUCACAAAAAACACUGCUGCUUUUCCAUAACACAAGUCUUUCUUCUUUAUUUCACUUUUUAAAACACACUUUUCCCAUCACAUCAGACUUGCGAUCUCGGGCAACACCACAUACAGAAAAUCCCUGUUAAGAAUUUGCUGAGAUGCUUACAGAUUUUAAACAUAUCGACAGGGAAAAUUAAAAAAAAAAAAGAUGGUAAAAUUAUAUGAUGUCAUAGAUAGGUCCAGUUAUCCAUUUUUUUGUUAUAGUUAAUACGUAGAGAAUUUUUUUAACAGGGUUUUUACCUGCAUAUUACAAGUGAUCAGGAAGGUACACAAGGAAGAGCUUUGAGAAGAGGGGGGGAGGAAGGGGGGGGGAACGCAGGAGAGAAAAAUCCCCCCCCUUCCUUUUUACAAAAUCAUAAAAAAAAAAUUAUAUAAUUCCCACCAACAAAUGGAAAGAAUUUGGAAACAAACAGCAGGCAAAGUGGUUCUAUGUGAAUUACCCCUCCCCAACCGCCCUUUCCGAAUGAAAUUCUGAAAAAUUUUGUGUCGGCACCUGCUAAUUUAUGUACAGUUACAGUGUGAGAAAUAAGUAAUGCAAACUUGGAUGGUAAAUUACGAAACAUAGUAUAGUAUACUGGGAGCUCACCGGUAUUAGAAAUAGAGCUAGGCCGGCACUGCGGAGUGUACCGGCAGGAGCGCUAACCUGUGCUGCUACUGGUCGGUGGAGUAGCAGUGCUCUGCAUGAGGCAUGAGCGGAGCACUGAAGCACAUUGCAAGUCGACAGAGCUAGGGAGCUCCAUCACGCUCAGGAAGGUGUGCGUUAGGCCUGCACGAGUGAUAGUAUUUGAUGCAAAGCGAACAUCAAAUCUUAACAUUUAAAAUAUUCGCGAAGUCGAAUCAAAAUGUAAAUAUGUUCUCAGUGAAGCUGUAUCACACUUAUUUUUAUAAAAUAAAUGAUUGAAGUAAAAACAAAAAUUUUCCUUUAAUGUUUUGUAAUGUUUAAACUGAUUAAGUGAUUAACCGAUUGAGCCCUAUUUAAAACAUCAUUCAAUAAAAAUCAUAAAACAACCCAAAAUGCACAAUAUUACAUUGAGCAUUCAUAAAUGCAAACAAAGUGCCAUCUUGUGAUUUUUUUUUGAGUAACCAACUUAAAUGAAAUAAAAAAUAAAUUUUUCAAUGAGCCAAUCUUAGUCUUCCAAGGUUUUAAGGCUUGGCAGCAACUGCAAAGCUUCACAUUAGAUCCAAAGCUUUGCAUCACAACCGAAGCUUCAAAUAAAAUGAACGAUCGAUAUCCUGGUGAAAUCAAUUCAAUUAUUAAAAAAAAAGCUUCAAUUGAUUCGCUUAGUCGAAGCUUUGCACAGGCCUGAUGUGCAAACCAGUGUAAAUUUAUUUCAUGCGGGAAAACAGUAUAACAUGUGUUCCAACAGCUAUACUAAUGCAAACCAUGGUAUAGAAAAUAUUUAACAAUUAUAUGAUAAAAUUUGGUGGAUGCUACAGCAGGAGUGCAAUGCCUUACGCUCCGCCACUGAGGUUACGUGAUUGUAAGUUUCUAUGUGUAGUUAGUUGAGACAAGAUUUUAUGGUUUUAGUUUUAGUUCAAUUUGGUUUAUUUAACAGGAGAUUUUGAUGUUAUUGUUUUUAUCUUUAAUGAAUUCUGUUUAUUGAAAAAAAAAAAAAAAGCGUAUUAUUGAACAAAUAUGACACUUAAUUGUUUCAUGCUACUUAUUUUUCACCAGAACAGUGUCUUUUAGACCAAGAUAUAAUGCAGUUGUAUAAUAUAAUAAUUUUUAAUUAGUAUGUCUAGGGCAGAACAUUUGAAACAAAUCAGUAAGUAUUUGUGUGUUUAAAAAAUAUAUCAACUUCUUAAUGUAAAAAUAAGUUACUAAUAACAGGCUUUUAAGAUAAAAAAAACAGUGAACAUUUUUUUCCCAAUCUAGUUAGUACAUAUAUAUUGGUACGAACAACCAGUAGCGUAGCCAGGAUUUGUGUAUAAGGGGGGUUAAGAAGCAUGGUCCCCCCCCUAUUAAAGUGGGUCCUCCCCCGGGAAAAUUUGUAUUUUAAGGUGUAAAAUAGUGCUAUUUGAGCAGUUUUCGGUACUUAACUUUAAAUAUUGUAAUGGUAAAAAUAUUAUUCAUAUUUAAUAAAAAAAAUUCUUUGAGUGAUGAAGUAAGAAAUUAAUUAAAGAUAUUUUAAUCAAUCCAAGUGCCUUGUCCACGUCCACUCAAAAUCAUAAAUCAUGCUCGAAGCUCUACAAUACAAAAAAAAAGGAAUAAAAGUGGUUGGGUUUCGCC